AUGAAGUUCAUCAGCAUUCUCGCUUUUGCGGCCUCGUUAGCCCACGCAUAUCCCAAGCCCAGUGUGUCCAAUGGAGCAUUGUACUUCCUCGACAGUGAUCCUCAAGGAGCCUCAGUAGUUUCAUUCAGUAUCGAUGAGAAUGGAAUACCACGCGAUCCGCAGAGAACCUCAACUGGUGGAAGUGGUCUCAUCGGCAUGAACGUGAACGGCACAGUCAAGAUGGAUCCGCUGUUCUCCCAAAGCUCCAUCAUCGUUAACGGCAACCUUUUGUUCACUGUCAACGCCGGCUCAAACACCCUGGCCGCUUUCCACAUCCCCAAGCACGACCCAGUCCAUCCCAUACUUCUCGGAAAGCCCGCCGACACGGUCGGUACCACGCCUAGCACGGUUGCCUAUUCCCCAAAGAACAAAAUCGCCUGUGUCGCCAACACUGGAACCAAUCCUGGUGUGCAGUGCUUCACUGUGUCUAGAAAAAAUGGUCUCAAACCCGUGGGCAGCCUCAAACCACUUCCAGUUCAGGGUCAGACUAAUCCCAUCACGGGACCGCCAAACACUGUGUCAGACAUCCUCUUCAACCCUUCAGAAACGGCACUCUUCGUUACUAUUAAGGGAGAUGGUAUGAGUGAUGGAUAUGUGUAUGCUUACAAGGUCAAUCAUGGCACUGUAAGCGAAGAAGCUGUUGUGUCGCGACCGAUCAAUUUGCCUGUGGCUUUCGGUAUGAGCUUUUACUCUGACGACGCUGCCGUCAUCGUCACGCCUGCCUAUGGCGCUGCGUUUGUGUCCGUCACCGAUAAUCUGAACGUUGUAACUGAGUACAACAUCACUAUCCCCGGUCAAGUCGCAACCUGCUGGUCUGUUGCUUCUGAAGACACCAGCUCAGUUUAUUUGCUCGAUGCUGGCGUCGCAAACAUCACAUCUCUCAACACUGAAACCAUGGCUAUUGAAAAUAGUCUCCCUGGCUUCGAGAUGGGUAAGGGUAAUUUCGAUGGUGUCAUCGCAGGGUCUAAGUUGUAUGUUCUGCAAUCUGCUCCUGCAAUUGCUACGUUCGAUUUGGAGGACUCUUCUUGCGGCCCUGAAAUGACAGAUUUGAGCGGUCUUGGGGAGCGUGCGUCUUGGACUGGAAUGGCGGCUUACAUUUGA